AUGGGAUUCGUGGCCUUCGUCGGGAGAGUGCUGUUCGCCUCCAUCUUCCUCCUGUCCGCAGUCCAGGAGUAAGCGACAUUUCCUCCGAUUCUAGAUCUCGGCUAUGUUUGAGCUUGUCAUGUCAUGGCUUAUAAUCCCGUGUUCUUUUUAUUUACGUCGAGUCUGCUCCGCGGCUGUGGUGGGUGGGGGGUGGGGUUAGGGUUUCUGACUGUGGAUUUCUCCGAUUAUUUCGGUCAAAUGUACUUCUGCUCUCGCUGCUAGUGGUUUCUCGGGGUAUUAGGAUUCAAUUUUUUUUUCUCUGGUUCUAUGCAUUAGCUGCGGAGUUGAGAUUUGUAUAUACUAAUGUUCGUCUCACUUUGUCUUUGCUGCUGCUACCUCUGAAAUCCGUAGGUGUUUGGCUCUGUGGUAUCCCGCGUUCAUUUCUAUUCCCUGCUCUGUGGUUUAUACGCGCGGUUUCAUGUUCCCCGCUAUUAAUUUCAUAUUGUUAUUGCUUCGUAUUGUCUGCGUACGUUGAGGAUGUUCGCCCUUUAAUUAAAAUGCUUUUAACUUAUCGCGCAUUGCUUGUAGUUAAUAUAUAUGGAGCAGUUCAGUUUCUCGUGUGCGUGUCUCUCACUCAUUUUCCUCUUUACAUAGUUUUCUGUACUUCUGCCUGCGCUCGUCGUGUAGGUUUCCUUUUCGUGAAUUAUCCUUGUACAUAGCUUUGUCAUCUCCUGAUUGCCUUCCGGUACUCUUGAGGUGUUGGCCUGAAGCUUCUCGUCACAUCUCAAAAUUUGGUUAGCAUUGUGAUCAACAGACUCAGAGUUGAGAUCAGACCGCCUCCAUACUUUUCUUGGGUAUUCCGAUUAGUCCAUGAAUCAUGUCCAUGUAUUUGGCGUGGUUGUCCUCUCAAUAAUUCAAUGCUAUUCAUGCACACCAUUCAUGCAUCAAACGCUGAAGAAGUGUGACAAGCGUUUUAGUAUUCCUAUUGAUCAAUCAAAACAGCUUAAGUGGAUAUCCAGUGUGACAUCUGUUCAGGGGAACAAUCUUCGAAAUCUAUCACUGGCCACUAGGUCGAUGAAGAAUCUCUCAAAAAUCUGCUCUUUGAUCAGUGAUUCACCAGCCACCUGUUGAGCUUCCAUCUGUUGUGAAGGAACUUUGAGCUAGCAUAUUCCAAUGGUAGCAAUGAGACGUCAGAAUGGACUGAUUAUGUAGCAUCAAUCCUCUCAGUUUUAUACUUCAAUGAGACAUCUGUUGCACCCGGAAAACCAGGCAUGCUAUCCUAUCCACUGCCAACCCUGGUGGUUUGAGGCAAAACUAGAGCUGGAAUCUUCCUGUGCCACCAUGGCCAUCAACCGAUACAAGUUCUCCAUUCCUGAUUAUGAGGUUUCCUCAUUGCUUCUUUCAAUCACUUCUAAAUUAUUCUCGAUCAUUUUUAUGUUUUCUAUUGUCUUAGAUUUUUCCUUAUCAUUACCAACAAUUAGGUUCAUCCUGCUCAUUAUCCUGAAAUGAGCGCACAAAUUCAUGAUUGUAUAUUUUAUUUUUGAGAAAUAAUCCCAUAUACACUGAUGAUAUCCCCCUAUGAGUUCGCCUCGCGUUGACCUUGGUGAAUGCACUUUUCUUCCAAUCUUAUAGGUUUAGGGAAUUUGGGGUUGAUGGCGGACCUGCAGCCAAGGCUUUCCAGCCCAAGUUUGACCAACUGUCCAAGCAUCUGCAUACCCAUUCAGGUUUCCAGGUGCCUGAAAUCGAAGUGAGUCGUCUCAUCCAGAAAACAUUUGAUGCCCCCAAUUAAAUUGCUUUCCGGUUGAAAAAUUGCGAUUCGACUUCGAGUUUUCCUCUUUUAUCUCACCAGAUAAAGCAUAUCAUUGCUGGCACCGUGGCUUUGAAGGGGCUUGGUGGCCUUCUGUUCAUCUUUGGGAGUACUCUUGGGGCUAGUCUCCUGGUUUGUGUUCCAUCCCUUCUUUUUACCCUGACUGUGGUGUUCAUGACCCGGCUAAGUCCAGAGGCUGGCCUGGUCCAGGAAGUAGCUCCUCUCUCUGCCCCCCCUGCCCCCCCCUCCUUCUCGGAUGGGUGGAGAUUGAGGGCCAGACUGGUUCUGGACUUUUUCUAGGGUCCAGCUUGAAAGCCCAUUAUCUGGGCUGGCUGGUCGGAUUGAGGGCCAGACUGAUUUCUCUCUCUCUCUCUCUCUCUCUCUCUCUCUCUCUCUCUCUCUCUCUCUCUCUCUCUCUCUCUCUCUCAUGAAGCUUCAAAUGCUUCUAUGCAGGCAAUUUACCUGGCGCUCGUGACUCCAAUCCUCAAUGAUUUCUACAACCACCUGGACAAACCAGAAUUCAGCCAACUCUUCCUAAAAUUCACGCAGGUUUUAUUCUCUCUCUCUCUCUCUCUCUCUCUCUCUCUCUCUCUCUCUCUCUCACACACACACACACACACGCAAAGAGAACCAUAUACUCCAUAUUAUGACAGGAAUUUAGGCUGAAAUCAUCUGAUUCCUCUUUCUUUGGCAGAACAUGGCUCUGUUCGGGGCGCUGCUCUUCUUCCUGGGGAUGAAGGACUCCUCGGUCAAGAGGGCAUCCAAGAAGAAGCCGACCAAAGUCAAAACCGUCUGA